ACAAAUAUAUUAUUCCUAUUUAAUAUAUUGUAGACAUUUAGUACGUAAUAAAUAUGUUUAGCGAACAAGUCUUUCGACUUGUCGACCACUGUACAUUUUCCACCUUACAAUGUAAUAUUACGUGAUACAUUUUCCUAAAUUGUCUACCCAACGACUUUUUGUGAUGGUAUAAACAAUAAUGUCGAAGUUCUGUAGUCAUGAUUUACGGUCUGUUUCUUUGAGAGAGGACACAUCUUUUCAACUAACAAAAAACGUUGUUAACUUAGUUUUAAUAUACAUGCAUGAGUUUACAUCUUCUUUUUAGCUCCUUGAUGAGUCUUAUUUAACCAGUGUUCAAUCUGAUUUUAAGUUACGGGAUAAUCCAUUCAAAAUUACGAAUCAUGAAUAGUCACAGUCGUCAUACUAAUUUCUAUUGCUUGUUUAACGCAGAUCAUUCAGUCAGCCAUCCAAAGUAAAACCUAACACAUGUGCAUCCACUCAAGUUCGCACAUCACAUUAGCACAGCACGAUAAAUCCCUGUGUAGUAGAAAUAGUAACAGUAUCAGUAGUAAUAGAAAUUAUUAGGUAUAGAAAAAAAGAAGGGUAUAAGGAGAUUUUGAUAUUCAGAUUCGAAAGGAAGACAAAGUGGACGCACCUGCGCCAUUGCGAACGAUUCUGGGUCAUGUCAUCUAAAGUCUCUGAUCAUUGGUUAACAUAAUCACGCGGACCCUAACCGUGUAGUUUACUCUUAUUAAAAAGGCUCAGGCCAACAAUUAAUGACUUCAAACAUUGAGGCUAAGCUUUUGUUUUGCCGUCUCCACCUUUCAGUCUACAACUGACAACAUUACCCGUCAAAAAAGUCAACGGUUGAGAAUACAUAACUCAUGUCUCAACCACUUCAAUUGGUGAAGAUUUAUUACUCCAUCAGCCAGCUCGCUAUCUUUACAUAGUACCUCAGUAUUGCUCGCUCUGUAGUCACAAAAUACACAAGCGACGAGACCUGUCCAAUUUUAUGGAGUUAUAUACGCCGCAAUUAAAAAAUAGUUGCAUGCCCUUAAGCCAUAAGAAUCACGAUUUUAGCGCGGAGAAAAGUCAAUAUGAUAAGACAACAUUCAUAACUCAAAGUCCUAACCAUACACUUAGCUUCAAGGAACUCUAGACCUCUUUGUGUAAUUAUUUACAAUUCACCAGUAUAAUACGUAUCACUGAAAACGCUUAUAACUAUGGGUGUUUGUUAUGAUGAUUAUUCUAAACUGCUUUUUCAUAGGUGGCCUGAAAUCAACAAAUGAUUUACAACAGGUGCUAGAUGAAAUAAUAAAAAUGGAUCCUUCUUUUAAUUUGGAGUCAUUUAUACGUUAUUGCCGAUUUAUCGUUAUUCCGAAUGUACUUGAGGCUAUAGUAAGGGGAGACUUACGUAUUCUCCACGAUUGGUGUCAUGAAGCGCCGUAUAAUGUUCUGGCAACACCUUUAAAACAGAUGAAAGAACUUGGGUAUAUUUCUGAAUCUCGCAUAUUGGAUGUACAUAAUGUUGAUGUUCAAAUGGGCAAAAUGAUGGAGCAAGGACCAGUGCUGAUAAUCACAUUCCAAGCACAACAAAUAAAUUGUAUUCUUGAUAAAAACGGAAAUUUGCAUGAAGGUGAUCCAAAUAAAGUACUACGUGUGACUAAUGUUUGGGCUUUGUGUCGUGAUCAAAGUGAAAUGAAUCCAUUAGCUGCAUGGCGUGUGUUAGAUAUUGCCAUGAUGCCAUCUGAACAAUGGAUGUGA